AUGGACUAUGCGGAGCUUGUGUCGGCACUGGAGAAGAAAGACAAUGGCACCAGUGAUCCUUACCAGCUCAAUGAUCUGUUUAUACCUAUCAUUUACUCCAUCACCUGUAUCUUUGGAUUUAUUGGAAACCUGCUGGUUAUAAUUGUGUUUGUCUUCUAUGAGAAGCAGAAAACCCUGACAGACACAUUUCUGGUGAACUUGGCCAUUGCAGACUUUCUGUUCCUCUGCACGCUUCCAUUCCUGGCGUACGAGUCUGUCCACUCCGGGUUCUUUGGUGACGCCAUGUGCAAGAUUACAAGAGGCAUGUACAGAAUAAACCUGUAUACAUCAAUGCUUACACUUACUGCUAUCACUUUCCACAGGUUUAUUUCUAUCACUAAAGUUACUAAGGUGAACCAAUCUCAGGUGUACAAAGAGCGAUGGAGACAUGGCAUGUGUGCCGUCAUCUGGAUGCUGUCGCUCCUUCUUGCAGUUCCACAGCUUAAAUACAGCAAGGCUUCCGAGAACGGAAUAUGCAUUGAUGACUAUAGCAUGCCCAACAUGGAGCUGGUUGUUCAGUCACUUCAGACGGCAAUUGGGUUUUUAUUGCCAUUGUCAGCAAUGAUCAUAUGUUACACUUUUAUCAUAAAGACGCUAAUUACUGCCAGGAGUACCCAAAAAACUAAAUCAAUGAGAAUAAUAUUCCUAUUAGUAGCAGUUUUUAUUGCUACCCAACUGCCAUAUAAUUCAUUACUGUUAUUAUAUGUAUUGGCCAAGUCACUGAGCAAUAACACGCACUUUGUGAGAGCACUGAUAGUAACAGAAGCCAUGGCCUUCACACACGCUUGUCUUAACCCAGUGUUAUAUUUUUUCAUUGGCACAAAAUUUAGAAAUAAUUUUUGGAAAAUUCUGAAAAGUUUAGGGCUAACGAGACAGCAUGAGGAAUACUCUAGUAAUAUUAGGGUUACAGAUGGUGAUUCCAAGAAUCUGUCUGCCUCAGCUAACACAGAAGCUGUAAGUAUGCAACGCCUUUAAAAUGAACAGCGUCUUCUUUUUUUUAAUGAUGUGAAUUGAAAAUAAUGAUCUUUGUCUCCUGAGUAUCCCUUUGAAAAUGUAACAAAGUAAUAUGGCCGUUUGUAGGAGUACACAUCUCGCCAGGUUUUAGUCUUUGGGAGAUUUGAGCCAUCUAGUAAGCAAAUCCAAAGCAGCUUCCUAAGGUACUUUAUACACAUCCCAGAUUCUCCUAAGCAGCUCCCUAAGGUUUAUACACAUCCCACAUUCUCCCAAGCAGCUUCCUAAGGUUUAUACAUAUCCCAGAUUCUCCUAAGCAGCUCCCUAAGGUUUAUACACAUCCCACAUUCUCCCAAGCAGCUUCCUAAGGUUUAAUCGCAUCUCAGAUUCUCCCAAGCAGCUUCCUAAGGUUUAUACACAUCCCAGACUCUCCCAAGCAGCUUCCUAAGGUUUAAUCGCAUCUCAGAUUCUCCCAAGCAGCUUCCUAAGGUUUAUACACAUCCCAGAUUCUCCUUAGCAGAUUCCUAAGGUUUAUACACAUCCCAGAUUCUCCCAAACAGAUUCCUAAGGUUUAUACACAUCCCAGAUUCUCCUUAGCAGAUUCCUAAGGUUUAUACACAUCCCAGAUUCACCUUAGCAGAUUCCUAAGGUUUAAACACAUCCCAGAUCUAACCAAGCAGAUUCCUAAGGUUUAUACACAUCCCAGAUCUGGCUAAGCAGCUUCCUAAGGUUUAUACACAUCCCAGAUUCUCCCAAGCAGCUUCCUAAGGUUUCUACACAUCCCAGAUUCUCCCAAGCAGCCUAGUGAGGUUUAUACACAUCCCAGAUCCCCCCCCCCCAAGCAGCUUCCUGAGGUCUAUACACACCCCAGAUCUCCCCCAAGCAGGUUCCUAAAGUUUAUACACAUCCCAUAUUCUCCCAAGCAGCUUCCUAAAUUUUAUACACAUCCCAGAUUAUCCCAAGCAACUUCCUAAGGUUUAUACACAUCCCAGAUUCUCCUUAGCAGAUUCCUAAGGUUUAUACACAUCUCAGAUUCUCCUAAGCAGCUUCCUAAAUGUUAUACACAUCCCAGAUUAUCCCAAGCAGCUUCCCAAGGUCUAUACACAUCCCAGAUUCUCCCAAGCAGCUUCCUAAGGUUUAUACACGUCCCAGAUUCUCCCAAGCAGCCUACUGAUGUUUAUACACAUCCCAGAUCCCCCAAGCAGCUUCCUAAAGUCUUUACACAUCCCAGACUCUCCAAAGCAGCUUCCUAAGGUCUAUACACAUCCCAGAUUCUCCCAAGCAGCUUCCUAAGGUUUAUACACAUCUCAGAUUCUCCCAAGCAGCUUCC